UGGUGUAUGUCCUCCAGGGACAUGGCAUGCUGGUGUCUCCUAAGCCUGGGAGUGGGAAGCUUUACAGAGAGUCCCAGGGUUGGCACGGUGACUGUGGCCUCUGCUGUGGGACAGGUGCAGGAGAACUCCCCAGCCCAGCAGGCAGGCCUGGAGCCCUACUUCUUCAUCAUCACCAUUGGGCACUCGCGACUGAAUAAGGAGAACGACACGUUGAAGGCCCUGCUGAAGGCCAAUGUGGAAAAGCCCGUGAAGCUUCAGGUGUUCAGCACCAAGACCAUGAAGGUGCGGGAGGUGGAGGUGGUGCCUAGCAACAUGUGGGGUGGCCAGGGCCUGCUGGGCGCCAGCGUGCGCUUCUGCAGCUUCCGCCGGGCCAGUGAGCACGUGUGGCGUGUGCUGGAUGUGGAGCCCUCCUCGCCUGCCUCCCUCGCUGGCCUGCGCCCCUACACAGACUAUGUGGUUGGCUCAGACCAGAUCCUCCAGGAGUCCGAAGACUUCUUUUCUCUCAUCGAGUCCCAUGAAGGGAGGCUCUUGAAGCUGAUGGUUUACAGCUCCGAGUCUGACUCCUGCCGGGAGGUGACUGUAACUCCCAACGCAGCCUGGGGUGGAGAGGGCAGUUUGGGGUGUGGUAUCGGCUAUGGAUACCUGCACCGGAUCCCAACUCAGCCCCCCAGCCACCACAAGAAGCCACCCAGUGCCUCACCACCUGGACCCACCACCCAGGACUCUCCUGCCCUUCCAGGCCCAGAGACAGGCUCCAGGCAGGGUGACUAUGUGGAGGCUUUGUUGCAGGCACCUGGCUCCCCCGGGGAGGGACAGCUUCCUGAGCCUGGGAGUCCUGGCCGUGGUGCUCCAGACUUUGGAGGACUUCCAUGUGGCCUGGAGACCCCUCUCCAGCCCCCACCUCCAGUACAGCGAGUCAUGGACCCAGGUUUCCUGGACGUGUCGGGCAUCUCCCUCUUGGACAGCAGCAAUGCCAGUGUCUGGCCCAGCCUGUCCUCUGCCUCUGAGCUGACGUCCACAGCUGUCUCACCCUCAGGGCCGGAAGACGUCUGCUCCAGCAGCGGUUCUCAGCGUGGUGGUGAGGCCACAUGGUCUGGGUCAGAGUUUGAGGUCUCCUUCCCAGACAGCCCAGGCGCACAGGCCCAGUCAGACCACCUGCCUCAGCUGAGCCUGCCCGACAGCCUCACCUCUGCAGUCUCACCGGAAGAUGGGCUGUCUGCCGAGCUGCUCGAAGCUCAGGCUGAGGAGGAGCCGGCAAGCACUGAGAGCCCAGAGAGCCCAGAGAGCCCAGAUUUGGGGGCAGAGGUUGAGGGAGUGGCCAUCCAGGGCCAGCCCUCUGCUCCUGAAUAAUGCCCUGGGCUAUGACCCGACCCCUGCUGGUAUCUCAUGAGGGACGUGGGGGGGCAGCUCAGGCCACACUGCGGCCCAGCCUCCAGUGAGGUGCAGGGGGUGGGGCUUUUGUGUCCACUCAGACCCUACUGGUCUCCAAGAGAUGACCUCCCAGCAUUAAUUCUGCCUGAUGGUCCUGGCUUUUGGGGAAUGUCAAAGAAGUCCUUUUGGGGUUAGUGGGGCCCGAAUAAGUUUUGCAGGAGCUGGGGUGGGAGAGGAUUCUUUGCUGCUCCAGCAGAGCAGUAAGCAGCCUUGUACCUUAGGUCCAGUGCUUGAUCUGGUCACUGUGGCUGCCAGGUGUGAAGAGGGGGAGAGGGAGGGAGGGCUGGUAUGGACAUGUGCUCAUCACUCAGCAGGGCCCCCCUUCAUGUCCUGCAUGGCUCAGCCAGCCCUGCUGUCCUGGAAGGUCCCCAGGCCCUGGGACCCCUGAAGCUCCAAUCAGUGUCUCCUGUCAUGUACCCUCAUCACCAUGUCACACUACACAGUUGGAGGGAAUGGCAGUGACCUUGGCUCCUCCUGGGGUCGGGGGGCUGGAAAUUCCUGGCUGGUCAGCAGACUCACCUGUGGGUGGACCACAGUUCUUCCCUGGGGCCUACAGCCCACAGUGCUAGCAUCUCCAGGGGUACUCCUGUCUGCUCCCAAAUGUCCUCAGCCAUCUCUUCUACAUAUACAGGGCACCCAGCUAGCCCCAGUAUUGAAUCAAAGAUGGCAGUUUUAAGUUCACCACCUAGGCAGACUAGAGCUGGUCCACCUGACGGAUCUCUUCAUGCACAGCUCCCACCCCGAGGGGGAGUGAGGAGCCUAGACCAGGGUGGGAGGGGCUCUUUUGCUCUCCCCUUAGCAUUGAGGGAGGGUAUCCCCUCCGGUGUCUUGGGAACGUAAGGCCAGAUUGGAUCUUCCGCUC